GCACGGUUCUCCUAGUAUUGGGCAGACAUAAAGAUACACUGUGGGUUUAACUAAGGGACGCUAAGGGCGUUGCGUUGCGCUAGAGGUGUUCAUUUCUAUACUAGCGGCGAACGUUUACUCAGAAAGUGUAAUCGGGAGCGUUGUCAACCCCAUACCUCUGACUGGACCGGACACGGACGCUGGAAAUGGCUCUGGACAUUCUCGGUGAGAACUUGUACGACCUUGAAGAAAAUUAUUUGAAUGACAUCUGGAAUUCAAGUCCAUUGGACUCAAAACUUGGAGAUAUGGAUUUGGACAUGGAUCUGGAUUGGAAACACAUUUUGGAUAGCCGUCCUAUAAUACUUCAUGACCGAAUGAUGACGGAUGCUGUUCAAUCCCCCAGUGUUCAAGCAGCAGAUCACAGUUAUUCUCUUGCUGUUGAUGAUGAUGACUUUCCGGGCUGUACUCUAAGUUUGCAACCUGAUAGCAAAAUGGAAUUAUAUGGUAAAGAUGUAGUGUCCGAAUGUUUUCCUGCGAUACCACUGACAUCUGCAACUGGUGAGACAGAAAUCACUGUGAAGCAGGAACCACUGUCCUCUCCCCCGAGUCCCGCCACUAAAUAUCCUCCCUACAUAUCACCAGACGACACUUGUCGAACAACGGGUCCUGCACAGCAGAGUCUACUAAAAAAACCAACCAUUGUGCUAGCUAAAAAUUCCGAAAUUGGAGUCAAAGGCGCCAAACGUCGCCGUUUGUUAAUGCCCAAUAUAAACAUUAAACUGGAGACUUCUGGAUUUUCUCUUCCCCCGACUCCCCCCUCAAGCAACAGUAGCGAUUCUGAUGGAAGUUUAUCGCCUUUUCGUUGUUUAAGUAACCCAUCUCCGCCACCAACGGUAACUGUCAGCACUUCCUCAACUUCUUCCUCUUCCAAUAAGAGUGGCUUCCCUUCACCCAUAAUCGUUAUGCCAUCAUGUUUAAAACGAUCAAAUUCCUCAUUAGUUAUAAAUAAUCAAUCGAAAGGUGCAACGGGAGUGUUAGUACUUUCAGAGGAAGAAAAGCGCACUCUGCUGGCAGAGGGCUAUCCUAUUCCUCAGAGGCUUCCUCUGUCUAAAGCAGAAGAAAGGUCACUGAAAAAAAUUCGUAGAAAAAUAAAAAAUAAGGUAACGUCUUUAUUGGGUUUAGUUAUUUACUAGCAGAAAUCCACACAACAUUUGCGGUCAAAU